AUGAUUUAUUUGAUGGAUGCUACCGAUGCCCAAGUAGAGUUGAAGAGGGUCCUCGAUAGUGAAGAGAGGAUCAAAGAAUAUGCUCUUUGCAGAUCCCGAAGAAGGGUUCUCGAGGAGAUUGGUGCAAGUGGUUUUGUUCUCCCGGAAGAUUUGGCACGAGCGAGGGCGGACGAGCGUGGUGCUCGGUCACUUCUGUCCGACGCCGAGGAGAGUGAAAUUGAGGCUAAUAGCAUUGCAGAUAUCUCUGAAAUGAGGCCAGCCCCGACAGGGGAGGAGACCGAGUCCCCAAUUCUGAAAUCGGGGAAAAAUAAUAAGACGAAAAGAGUUUCGAAGCCCGAAGACCCCCAAGAUGGAAGGGGUCCUACCCAAAGGCACAGGAGGAAUCUCAUCCAUGUGGACAUUGACUCAGUCCACCAGCUGCAUGAUGAAGAAGAAGACGAGGGAAAAGAGUCGGCGUUGGUGACCCGAGCCAGAAAACCAACCAAUGCUGCCAAGCCCUCUGAACCGGAAACUCUGCCUCGUGGUGAGGAGGCUCUAAAGAAAGACACGGGCAAAGCCUAUGAAUCACUUGAGGUCUUUACUAAGUGUAGGGCCGACCAAAGCCAAUGUGAGGCUGAGCUCAAGAAGGCCUCGAAUGAAGGGAAGGCCUUGAAGCUACUUUGCAGUCAAAAAGAGGAGGGACUCAAGGACCAUCGGGCAGACUUGGCUAAGGCUCGUAAAAAUGAGGCCGAGCUAGACAAGCAGGCUAACACUUCAUUGUCUCAGCUACAACAAAAAUUGGAGAUGGUUGGGCUACUUCGAGGGGAGGUCAAUUAUGUCAAGGUCGAUUGUAACCGGUGGAAAGAAAAUAUGGAGCGCCUUGUUGCAGAGAAAGAGGCUAUUCUAGCCAAAUUGACAUCGGCUGAGACCCAGCUCCAGGGUGCUAAAGAGAAAAAUUCAGCCCAGGCCAAAAGGAUCGACGAGCUCGAGGCCAAACUUGCCGAAGCCGGGGCCGAGGUUGCUGAAGCUAGGGCUGAGGUCGAGAAGACGAAGGCCACAGCUGAUAAAACCGUUGCUGUGUACUAA